AGUCUACCGACAAAACCAUAGUACAGUGAACUGCAACACUGCAAAGUCGAGGAUAGUCUCUCGAGUUACCCAGUGACCAAGUUUGACGUUAGUGUUCUCACCGUGCUAAGUUUUAAGUGCUCGCGGUACAUGAUGUCUGCAGCCGUAGCGAACAAAGAAGACAAAAAACCGAUUUAUAAGGAUUAUGUGAGUUUUCUUGGAAACUAUAAACAAGGAAAGAAACACGAGAAGGGCGAGAAGGGAGUCCUUUGUUCUCCACCGUCUAAUAAUUCAUCAACAAGCAUUAAUUCCGAUUUGAAUGAAAUGCCUACGAAAAGUUUUAAACAGUACCUUGAAAACUAUAACAAUAAAAAGUAUAAUCCAAUUCAAACCGAUUUCAAGAAAAAACCGAGCCCUAAUGGAGAAGGAAAGAUUGUAAAAACUGAGGUUUUUAUAGAAAUCAACAACGAACAAAAUUCAAAACAACAAAUAUCCAAAACUGUUCAAUUGAACGUCGAUGGAAUACAGGAUAGAAAUGUUAGCUCAUGUAAAGUUUCCACCGAAGAGUGCCAGGAAAAUAUUGGAAAACAUAUAUUGCAGUUUGAAACAGGCACUGAAUUAUUACAAGGAAAAGUUCGUGUCGAUGAAAAUCCUCAGAAAAAAAUGGAAAACAACGUUUCUUUUAAAGAAAUAAAAAGGCACCCACUGAAAAAGACACCCAGCAUUACUGAGAAAUCCAAGCUUUUCGAAAAAAAUUCUGCGAAUGACAAAACAGACUACAGAAUCGAAUCAGCAACCAAAGCAACUUCACCAGUGAAAAAUGUGUGCCCAUCCCCCAAACCAGUUUUCAAUAAAGGAAUGCCUGCUCAGAUACUAAGCAACGAUAAUAAUAUCAAACAAAAGCCAUGCAGAAAUGAUGUGGACUUUGCCGCAAUGACCUCAACUAAAUGUGAACAAAAUCAAUUCCAGACAGAAAUAUCUAUUACAGAUUCGGGGUCACCAUCAUCUUCAAAUAUUAUUUCUUCUGGCUCUCCACCCCCGAAAAAUGUUUCAUGUGGUAUUCCUCCUCCACCUCCACCACCACCAGCUUCCAACUUUUCUUCUCAAAAAUUGAAGGUUUCUCCCAAACCUUUUUCCACUUCGAAGGCUCCACCAAAUAUUUAUAGUACCAUGCCAAAGCUGCAAAAUACUAGGCAACCUGACACAACGGACGGGAGUGCAGCCCCCACAUUGGAUAAAAAUGAUCCCAGGGUGAAAAAAUUGGUGUAUGGUGCCUUGAGGGAAAUGUACGGAUCUUACCACGAUAAAGCAAACGAUUAUUUGGCUACUCUUCCCAAAAACCGAGUGAAGAAAAACAAUGGGCUGGACAGCAUCAUAAAUAGUAUUGCGUCCCAAGGUGGUUUGGAAAAGUUAACUGGUAGGGGAAAUCCAAAAGUUGAUGCCGAGUAGAGAUUGAGAAUUCCGAUGGCGAUUUCUUCUUCAUGGCCUAACUUUUAUUUUCUAUGAAAAUUGUAUAUAAUUAGGAGUGAAAUAUUUUGUAUAUGAGUCAUUGUUUUUAAGUGAUUACUAUAAUAGCUCUGUGUUUUAUUAUAAAUUGUUGUGCAUUCGAUUUAGUGCUUACAUAAAUGAGACUGUUCGUGAUGUAGUAAUAUAACCAUAUUAUUUUGAAAUAAUG